AUGAAAAACCAAUUCUUAGUUGAUACUAUUUAUAAUCAUGAAUAUUUGAAAAAUUUUCUUGCUUUAUUAAAAAGUAUAAAGAAGAAUAAUAAAUUAGAAUAUAUAGCAGAAUUAUGUGAACAAAAUGAAAUAGAAGAAGAUGAUGAAAUGUUUCAAGUAUUUUUAAAUGAGCUAAAUAAUGUUUGUAAAAGUUGUAAUAAUAAAGAAAUAGAGAAAAAAAGUAAUGAUAUUACUCUUUAUGAAGAUUUGAAAGAUAUGAAUAGUUCUUUUUCUAAUAAUUCUGAAGAAAUAAAUGAUUUUGAAAUUGAAUCUAAUAUUUCAACACAUGAAAAAAAUAAAGUAACACGGAUAUAUGUAGAUGGCAUAUUUGAUUUAUCACAUUCAGGUCAUUUUAAUGCAAUGAGACAAGCUAAAAAAUUAGGAGAUAUUGUAGUAGUAGGAAUAAAUUCAGAUGAAGAUGCUUUAAAAUCAAAAGGAGUUAUGCCUAUUUAUACACAAGAAGAAAGAGGUGCAUUAAUAGGAGGAUGUAAGUGGGUUGAUGAAGUUAUUAUAGGAACAAAAUAUAAUGUAAAUAUGGAAUUAUUAGAAAAAUAUAAUUGUGAUUAUGCUGCACAUGGGAGUGAUUUAGUAUGUGAUCGUAACGGAAAUUUUUGCUAUGAAGAAGUAAAAAAAAAUAAUAAAUUAAAAAUCUUUGAAAGAAGUUAUGGGAUAUCUAGUACUACUAUAAUCAAUCAUUUAUUGCAAGCAGUAAAUAGUAAUAAAACUACUUGUAGUGAUACAAAUAAUGUUUUAUCAAAUGAAAUUAAAGAUAAGAACAGUGUUAAUGAUAUUAAUGCUCUUUCUACAUCUAAUACUAGUAAUACUAAUGAUAGUCAUUGUAAAAAUAUAAAUUCAACAAAUAGUGAUAAAAAUAAUUUUAAUAAAAAAAUAUUAGAUUCGAGUGAUUUAGAAGAAGAAAAAAAUAAUGUAGAUGAGGAAGACAAUAAAAUAAAAUCUUGUGAAAAUAUAUUAAGUUCAAAAUACAAUGUAAAUAGAAAUAGAUGUUACUUAACUACAUCUUUAUUGUAUCAAUUUAUAGAUAAUAAUGAAAAAAAAAAAAAAAAAAAGGUAGUUUACGUUGAUGGGUCUUUUGAUAUUUUUCAUAUUGGACAUUUAAAAAUUUUAGAAAAUGCAAAAAAAUUAGGAGAUUUUUUAUUAGUAGGAAUGCACGAUGAUGAUGUAGUUAGAAGAAUGAAAGGAAAAUAUUUUCCAGUAGUAACAUUAUUAGAAAGAACUUUAAAUGUGUUAGCUAUGAGAGUUGUUGAUGAUGUAGUUAUCGGAGCACCUUGGAUAAUUACGGAAAGUUUUAUUAAACGUUUUCAUAUUGAUGUAGUUGUAAGAGGAACUAUAGUUGAUUACAUUUAUUCUAAUAAUGAAAUUGAUCCUUAUGCAGUACCUAAAAAACUGAAUAUAUACAAAGAGUUAUCAUCACAAUCAAAUAUUACAACAUUUGAAAUUAUUGAGAGAAUUGAAAAAAAUAAAAAAUAUUUAAUGAAUAACAUGUCUAAAAGGAGUAAAAAAGAAGAAAACAUAUGGAAAGUUAGUAACUCAUAUAUUUUAACAUAA